AUGCUCAAAAAUCCAUCUAGUCACAGUUCAACAGAAAAUCUCGUCGGAGCCGGCCGUAAAACAACCGAUCCAGAAUUUCUAAUCGAAGCAUUGUCUACAUCGCUAACCGAAUUCAUCUACGAUCCAGAAACGGACUGUAUAUUCGAAAACUGGUACCGCCGCUUUCAAGACUUUUUUGACCGAGACGCUGCCAACCUUGACGAUGCAGCUAAAGUCCGUUUAUUGCUUCGAAAAUUAGAAACAGCCGCUCAUAAAAGGUACAUCAACUUCAUUCUUCCCAAAGUUUCAUCCGAGUUUUCAUUUGCUGAAACUGUCGAAAAACUCACAAAAAUUUUCGGAAAGCAUGAAUCGCUAUUCAAAACGCGCUAUAAAUGCUUUAAAAUCAGCAAAACUGAUGAAACAAACUACUUGGAUUACAUGGGGAACGUGAAUAAAGCUUGCGAGGACUUUGAACUACAAAAAAUGUCCAUCGACCAAUUCAAGUGCCUCAUUUUCGUCGCUGGUUUAUCAUCGACCAAAGACCUCGACAUCCGAACAAAGCUUUUGUCCAAGCUUGAAACCGAGCAUGACAAAAUAACACUCGAGAAAUUAAGUGAUGAGUAUGGACGACUCAUUAACUUGAAAAAGGAUGCUUCGAUGAUUUCUAAACCUUUGGGAUCUGACUUGUCAAUCCUAGUAAACCAAGUGUCGAAGAAAAAACGGCAUUUUUCAAAGAAAAAUAAGCCAAAACCACAAGCAAGCUCUGACAACUGCAAUAACUGUGGAAGAAUUCAUCAAGACAAUCAAUGUCCAGCCGCUAAAUCUAAAUGCAGCUUUUGCUCCAUCAACGGACAUUGGGUCCAGUUUUGCAGGAAGAAACUGAACGAUGAAAGCAAAACCAACGGUGAAUCAUCCAAAGACAACUCCAAAUUUACUCCUACUGGAAGAAGUUACUCCAAAUCGAAAGUAUCCAGUAUCCGGAUCAACGUAAUUAAAACUCAUUCGAAGCGCAAAUACGUUAAAAUUGUUGUCAACGGCAGAACGCUUAUUCUACAAGUCGACUCCGGUGCCGAUGUAUCAGUGAUUUCAGAAGAAGUCUGCAAGAAAAUGAAUUUCAAAAUUCGUCCUACAACAUUGGAACCCGACAACGCUUCUGGCCAACCACUCGAUAUGAUCGGAGAAGUCGAUUGCACUAUCGAAUUUUUGGACAAAACGAAACGCUCUACAAUUUUUGUCUCACGCAACGAAGACCUCAACGUAUUUGGAAACGAUCUUCUCGAGCUGUUCGACCUGUGGGACAAGCCUUUCAGCGAUUUCUGCUUGAAUGAAAGAGUUUUUCACAUCAAAAAACAUGAUGACUAUACUCAAAUUUUGCAAUCAAAGUACUCAUCUUGUUUUGAAAAAUCUCUCGGCAGAUGCAAGAAUUUCAAGGCACACUUAACCUUGAAAGGAAACAACUACCCACCAUUCAUCAAGUAUCGCCCUCCACCAUUCGCUUUCCAAUCGCUGAUUGAAGAAGAACUAAAACGUCUUCAAAAUUUAGGCGUAAUUACACCAAUCACAACAUCCAAUUGUGCAGCACCCAUCGUGUCAAAAUUGAAACAAACUGGUGAAAUACGCAUCUGUGGAGAUUUUUCAACUGGUCUCAACGAAGCACUCGAAGACCAUCAUUAUCCGCUACCUUUACCGGAAGACAUCUUCGCGAAACUCAACGGCUCAUCGCUUUUCAGUCACAUCGACUUAUCUGACGCUUUCCUUCAGAUCGAAAUGGACGAAGAAUCAAGCAAACUUCUCGUCAUCAACACUCAUGUCGGACUUUUUAAAUACAAUCGUCUUAGCUUCGGAAUAAAACCUGCACCAACUUUAUUCCAAGAAGUCAUGGAUAAGCUCAUCGCUCCACUGAAAAAUGUCAUCUGCUUCAUGGACGAUAUUUUUGUAUAUGCAAAAACACAAAAAGAGCAUGACGACGCAUUGUUUGCUUUGAUGAAUCGAAUUCAAGAAUUUGAUUUUCGCUUAAAACUCGAAAAAUGCAAAUUUGCAUUCACCGAAAUCAAAUAUUUGGGCUCAAUUGUCAACAAAAGCGGAGUAAAACCUGAUUCAAGCCGAAUUGAAGCCAUCAAAGAAAUGACUGAGCCAACCAAUUUGACUGAACUCCGAUCAUUUUUGGGUACUGUUAACUAUUACAGUAAAUUCAUCAAAAACGUUCACAACUUACGAGCACCGUUAGAAGAAUUACUUCGAAAAGACAUCGAAUGGUUUUGGUCCAAAACCCAACAGCAUUCCUUCAAUCAACUGAAGAAAUCACUAUCUUCUAACAUGUUGUUAACGCAUUACAACCCACAAUUGGAAAUCAUCGUUUCAGCUGAUGCAUCCAACAAAGGAAUUGGAGCUUCAAUCCAACAUGUGAUGAGCGAUUUUACAAUCAGGCCGAUUGCAUUUGCAGCUCGCACCCUUCAACCAGCCGAACAAAAGUACAGUCAAAUCGAAAAAGAAGGUCUAGCAUUGAUUUUCGCAGUGAAGAAAUUUCACAAAUACAUUUUUGGACGUCGUUUUACUUUGGAAACCGAUCACAAGCCGCUGCUUGCAAUUUUCGGCAACAAAAAGGGAAUCCCAAUUCACACAGCCAAUAGACUCAUCCGUUGGGCCGUCAUUUUGUUGGGAUACAAUUUCCAAAUCAAAUACAUCAACACCGAGUCUUUUGCUUAUGUCGACGUGUUAUCUCGGUUGAUCGUUCAAAAUACCAAUCUCUCAGAUGAAGAAUAUGUCAUUGCUUCAUUGAAACUUGAGAAAAAAAUUCUUCAAGUCAUCACGACAAAUCUUCAAGCGUCACCAAUAACGUACGAGCAAUUGGUAAAAGCUUACUCCAAUGACCCGUCAAUGCAACAACUUAUUGAGCAAAUUUCUUCACACUGGAAAAAUUUUACCGAUUCCUGGGAUGCUGAAUUUCGUCUAUUCUACAAUCGUCGUGAAUUUUUGUCAGUCUCGAAUCAAAUUGUACUUUUCGGAGACCGUGUCGUCAUACCAAACGCUCUCCGUGAACGAAUGAUUAAACAACUUCAUAAGAGUCAUUCAGGCAUCGUGAGAAUGAAAAAUCUCGCUCGAUCGUAUGUUUACUGGCCAAACAUUGACAAUCAAAUCGAACAAUUCGUCAAAUGCUGUUCCAGUUGUGCAUCAGCAGCUAAAUCGCCCACGAAAACAACACUAAGUUCUUGGCCGUUACCAUCGAAACCAUGGGAAAGGAUCCACAUCGACUAUGCAGGCCCAAUUAAAAGUAAUUUUUACCUGCUGAUAAUCGAUGCCUAUUCGAAAUGGCCUGAAAUCGUUAAAACAUCAAGAGCAUCAGCGGCAGCAACACUGAAAAUUUUAUCAUCAACGUUCGCUCGCUUCGGUUUGCCUGAAAUUGUAACAUCCGACAACGGAACACAUUUCACCGCUGAGUCAGUCCAAGCUUUCUUCAACUCAGCAGGAAUCCAGCAUUUUAAGACAAGCCCCUAUUCACCGAUGUCUAAUGCACAAGUUGAACGUUCCGUUGACACAUUGAAACGUUCAUUGAAAAAACUAUCAAACGAAGGCAACAUCGACGAAAGUCUCGAUAAUUUCUUGAACAAUUAUCGAACAACUCCAAACGAAAAUUGUCCAUCAAAAUUAUCGCCUUCUGAGAUAAUUUUCAGUCGAAAAAUUAGAACCGUUUUCGAUCUACUGAGACCACAGCCCAGAAAAUCUCUUGACCGUAAUACCAAAAUGGAACAUGAUUACAACUUGAAACAUGGUGCAAUUCAACGUAACUACAAUAUCAACGAUGCUGUUUGGGUCAAAAUACACAAAAACAAUUCUUGGUCGUGGAAAGAGGGGAAAAUAGCAGAGAAAAUCGGAAUGGUCAACUAUCGUGUUGAAACUGAAAACAGAACAAUUCGAGCUCACACCAACCAAUUGAGAAAACGAUAUUAA